AGCAACAAUCAGUCCUAUUCUUGUUUGUGUUUGGAUUUCUGAAAUUUGCUCACAAAACCUAACAGUACCACCAACUCAAGUGGUGGUUGUUUUCCAUUCUUCAUUACACUUUGAGGUUCGAAAACUGCACCGAACUGCAGUGUAGUGUUCUUAAGCAUGGCAACGCAACCGAGCGAUGCGGAACUUAUAGCCACCUUGCAAGCCAGGGUCAAGGAAUUAGAAACUGAGAAUGCGAAGCUGUUAUCUCAACUUGCUGAUUGCGGCAGUCACGAGAUGGAGAAAAAAUUACAUGUCCCUGAUGAGAAAGGCAGGGAGUCAAGAAAAGGCAACAGAAAAUCUGAAGAGAAGAUAGAGAAAAAUUCAGGCUAUAACACAAGGUUUAUGAGUCACCAUAGCAAGAGAUAUGUGGCUUUAAAAGUCAUGUACUUUGGUAAAAGGUUCUAUGGUUUUGCUUCAGAGGCACAAAUGGAACCAACAGUUGAGUCUGAACUUUUUAAAGCCCUUGAGAAAACAAGGCUAUUGAUUGGUGAUAAGAAGGAGUCACAGUAUUCAAGAUGUGGUCGAACAGACAAAGGAGUUUCCUCUGUUGGACAAGUGAUAGCUCUUUUCCUAAGAUCAAACCUCAAGAUAUCUGCAACAAAUAAUGGAAAUUCUGGAGUUGUUUUAGAUGAACAUGAAGGGGAAAUUGAUUAUGUGAGGGUGCUAAAUCGAGUCCUUCCAAAUGACAUUCGAGUUUUGGGUUGGUGUCCUGCUCCUGUUGAUUUUCAUGCAAGGUUCAGCUGUUUGAGCAGGGAGUAUAAGUAUUUCUUUUGGAAAGAGCAGUUGAACAUCCAGGCCAUGGAGAAUGCUGGAAACAAACUUGUUGGAGAACAUGACUUUAGAAACUUCUGUAAAAUGGAUGCAGCAAACGUGCACAACUAUAGGCGGCAUAUCAUGUUGUUUGAUAUUUCUCCUUCAGAUGUGAGGUACAAUGGUAAUCAACUUUGGGUGAUUAAAAUAAGAGGUAGUGCUUUUCUAUGGCAUCAGGUCCGCUGUAUGGUUGCUGUUCUAUUUAUGGUUGGCAAAGGUCUUGAAUCUCCAAAUUGCCUGCCCUACCAUGGAAAAAUCAGCGUGUUUUCCCAACUGAAGGGUGAGACUGAUGCAUUGCUGACCAGCUCAACUGAAGGGUUUUCUCUUCCUAUUACAGCCACAGGCCACAAAUUAAAUGGCCAAAACUUAAUCCCAUUUUCCUCCAAGAAAAAGUAAAGUAGGGGUACGUUACAUCUUAGGAGAAUGCAAACAACCCCUAUAAUACACCUCAAGAAGGAAUUUUCUGUAAUGUUGUGGCAUUAUAGACUAGGUCACCCCAACUUAGUACCUAGAAAAAAUGUUUCCUUCAUUGUUCAAAAAAAGUCUUGAGGAAUUUUCAAUGCAAAGUUUGUCAAUUGUCCAAGCAUACCCACACCACUUAUCCCUCUCAGUCAUAUGUGCAUUCACAACCAUUUUCCUUGAUUCAUAGUGAUGUGUGGGGACCAUCAAGGGUCAACAGUGUUUCUAGGUCUAGAUUUGUUGCUUUAAUUGAAGACCACACAAGAGUCACUUGGGUGUUUCUCAUGAAGGAGACAUUGGAAGUAGAACGAAUAUUUAAAAUUUUCCAUUCAAUGGUGCAAACACAAUUUCAAACAUGCCUCAAGGUGCUGAGAACGGAUAAUGGUUACAAAUAUUAUCAUUCCAUGUUGAACACAUACUUCCAUAAACAUGGAAUAGUGCAUCAGAGUUCUGUGUGGACAUCCCACAACAGAAUGGGGUGGCAGAAAGGAAAAUUCAACAUCUUUUGGAGGUGACAAGAUCACUCUUGAUGGCCACAAAUGUAUCAAAACAAUUUUGAGGAGAAACUGUACUAUCUGCAACUUACCUAAUAAACAAAAUGCCUUCCCGUGUCCUUAACUUCAAUAUCCCUCAUUCCACUCUCCAGACCUUCUACCCAACUAGCAGAAUCCUAACCUCAAUUCCUUUGAAAGUGGUUGUCUGUCCAGCUUUUGUCUAUGAUCUAAACCUUCACUGUAACAAACUUGAUUCCGAAUCCAUCAAAUGUAUCUUUCUUGGAUACUCACCUCAACAAAAGGGAUACAAGUGCUCUCCCUCAACUAGAAAAUUAUACCAUACAAUGGAUGUGACAUUCUUUGAGCAUCAACCUUAUUCCCCCAAAAUUGGCAUUCAAAAGGAGAAGAUACCAAUUCUAGCUGUACACAACAAAAUUGCAUGAUUUUGUUUGGUUACUACAAUCAUCUACUGAAAGCAUACAACAGGAUUGGUGAUGUGAUUUGUGAAGAUUGCUUGCAUUUAUAUGGCAUGUUUGCCAAGUUAACUUCUUGAAGCCAAUUUCAUUUAGGAUCUGAUAUUGAUAUUUUUUGUAUUGAAUAAUAGGGGUUUUGUGGGCAUAAUGGAGGCAGCACUCACCAAAUAUGGAAGUGUUCUCUAUUUGUUGCCCUGUACAAAAUGCCAUUAUGAUAAAAAUUCUGUUAAUGUCGUUCAGCAUAAUUGUUUUUACCAUCUGGAUGUCUGAAUGAUAUUUUGAUUGUCCUCUCAAACAGCUGCAAUCAUACAUCAAACAGUUUUAACGUUUGCACAAUCAACCAUGGAGAGAUCCCUUUUCUUUUGAGAAUAUUUCUAUCUUGUAUUCCCUGACACUACGCAUUAGCUGUUUAGCAUAUCCUACAUUAUCAGAGGAUACAACUUAAUCACAUGGGGGAUAUAGACCUUUUUAAAUCUUUGUCUCUUUGUUAGGAAAUGGUAUUGCCUUCUUGCUUAAGACACUGUCUCCUAGGGAUGACAAUAGGAUUCAAACUGAAUGGGUAUCCAUAAAAAGUACCCAUUGGAUUUUGCCUAAUAAAUGGGAUUGGGUUUGGAUAUGGGUAACUAUCCACAAAAUUUAACAUGUAUAGGUGUGAGUAUGAGUACUGUACUACUCAACGCUACCAAUACCUGCAUAGUAUGAUAGUAUAUUUAUUAUAUUUUACAAUGAUCUUUAUAAUUAACAUUAGUAUUAUAUUAUCAUUCAUGUCUUAUUAGUUUAUCAAACAAAUGCAUAAUGGUAGACCACAUUCAAGUUAUCCAUAAGGGCAUGAAUCCGGGUUUGAGUACAGAGAUAGACAUUAUAGUACCCUACUUAAAAUCUUACUCAUUGUUAUUCCUAGUGUCACCUUGUCUUUUAUUUAUUUUCUUUUUUAUAUUAUCACUAAUAUUUUACCCUAUGCAUUU